AUGCUGGACAAGAGCGCCACGAAGGACAGCUCCAGAAGCGACGCGUCAGCACCAAGCAUGCUCAGCUCCGUCUCAGGGUUUUCCAGUGGCUCGUCUUCGUUUUGGUAUGGCAGUAGCAUUGCAGACGUCCCAAGCGCGUACUCAGCGCCUCUGCAUUCCGUCACUCGAGGCACGAACUUUACGUCAACGAUCGACGACCAGAGUCGGGCAGCUAACACUACGGAAAGCCGGUCUAAUUCAUCCGUGCCGCUUGCUGAAGACUACGCGUCUGCGUCGUUCAGUUCGACGUUUCGCCAUUUUCGGACGCCAGCUAAUGACACGGGAAUGCCUUUUUCAGAUAUGGUCAUCACGGCCUCGCCACUGUCCAGUCAAGCGUCGAAACGCGAUAUGGUGUUCAUCCUGCUGUCCCUUUUCAUUGGCACUGUUGUCGGUGGACUGCUGAAGCACAUGGAGAUUGACAAAGCCACGGCCCAGUGGAUCAUGACGCCAGGACAUCUCUUCAUGCGGGCAGUUCAGUGCGUUGUCGUGCCGAUGGUGUUUGUCAACCUCGUUGUUGCCACAGCCGACAUGAUGCACAAAAAGCUGGGCAAACAUCUGAGCUUCCGACUUCCUUUUGCUUUGCUGACUUCCAUGGUCGUAGCGAUCGGGCUCGGGCUCGCGACUGCUGUGAUCAUGCACUCUGUCUUUAGCUCGUACCGGCAAGACGAGUCGAAUGUCAGUACGGAUGCCAUCUUUGGGAUACAAUGCGGUAAUGGCAAAUACCUCGAAGCAGGAGAGGACGGCGUGGUGACUUGCUCAGCGACGGAAAUCUCAACCACGUCGCGGUUCGCUCUGGAUGAUAUCAACAGUGCUCUGGUGAGGAAUGAGGCACUAACGGGGACGAAUACUACGUUGUCCGACAAUGUGUUGAGUAUCAUCAGUCAGGCUGUGCCGGUGAAUAUCGUGGCAGCGUUUGUUUCGAGCACGUUGCUGAGCAUUGCAGCCUUUGCGCUACCACUUGGUGCAACCCUGGCCUAUAGUUUCCACGGACCUGCUAGUCUGAAUCCGCUGCUGGAAUUUUUCCGUGAGGUGAACGAGACACUCGUGCACAUGGCCCACUAUAUUCUCCGCUUCACACCCGUUGCCGUCCUGAGUUUGCUUGCUGGUUCAAUAGCUACUUCGUUGGAAGACUCGGUUGCAGACGAGCCUCUGAAGUUGAUGAUGAUAGUGGUAGCUACGGUCGCGGCGACUGUACUCGUCCACAUGCUCGUGGUCGUGCCUGUGUUAUUCAUGCUGGUGACACGUCGGAACCCCUUCUGCUUCAUGCUUCAGAUGCUGCCCGUGUACGUGUACAGCAUCGGCUGUUCAUCAUCGAUGGCGACAAUGCCACGAAGUCUCCAGAUCAUUGAAACGUCCCGUCAGGUUACAAGCCCAAUCAUGCAUUUCGUCUUGUCAGUGGGCACCUCGCUCCACAUGCCUGGCACAUCCAUCUACCUGGCUGUGUUAGUACAUUUUCUGGCUGAUGUAGCCGGUAUUGCUCACGCCCAGUCCGUUUCGAAGAAGUUGGUGACAUUCCUUGGUGUCUUGUUGUGCACGAUCACGGCCCCUCCCAUCCCGUCUGGGGCCUUGACAGUACUCACCGCCACCUGGAACAUCAUUUUUGCCGAGUACGCGAUUCCGGACAAUUUGUAUGCACUUGUGUUGGCUUCGGACGUAUUCCUCGAUCGCUUCGUUACGCUCUGCAAUGUCAAUGCACAGGCCAUGUUGUGUCAUAUUUUAGCUGACCAGCUUGGUCCUCAAGACACGAAAAACGUACCACGCGCACGUACACAGCAACAUGCUGCACAAUAA